AGAAGCGGUGGGAAUCUCCAAGUAUGAGGAGGUUGUGCCGGAGCCCACCUUCGGUUCUCGAGCUGGAGACCCUGCUAGAAGCCUACAAAGGAGGUUUCCACCACGUCGAUCAAGUUUUCCCCAAUCUGUACCUUGGUGAUGUCGUCAUCGCAGGUGAUAAGGAGAAAUUGAAGAAAAUGGGGGUCACUCACAUCCUCAACGUGGCCCACUGCUCCUGGGAGUGCAGAGGAGACAGCAUUGACUAUGGCCCCCAUAUUCAGUACUACGGCAUCACGGCCGAAGACUGCCCACAGUUCAACAUCAGCCGGUUUCUCAGACCUGGAGCUCAGUUCAUCCACAAGGCCAUGAGUACGCCCAACGGAAAGAUCCUGGUUCACUGUGUGCUCGGUAAAAGCCGCUCCGCCACCCUGGUCCUCGCCUAUCUGAUGAUCUACCAGAGGUUUACGCUGGAGGAAGCCGUACGCCACGUGUCUCGGUUCCGUUGUAUAUCUCCCAAUCGUGGCUUCCUGGAGCAGCUUCGGAACCUCGAAACUGACCUGCAGCAUGGACUCUGGGGAUGUCAUAUCCUAUAAGGGCCCAGGAGACAGAGGAAUAAUUGGGUACUUUUGGGGGUCCUACGUUCGUCCAACCACUUUGGAAUCGUUGCAUUGAAAUCACUUUUAAUUUAACUUUUACUAAUGCCCUUCCAUGCUUGGGGCAGAAGGAACCUUCUAUGUGAAAAUCGGAGGCUUUCUUCAAGGACUUCUAGGACAAUUUGACCUGUAUUAGGAAGGACCAAGUGAUCAGAGGAUGCAAGUGUCUCCUCUGAUCACUUGGUUAUCAGUUCUCCUUUAACUUGCCCCUACAACAGACACUUACCAAUAAUUGUCCAUGGGACACCAUUGUCACCACCAUGUCCAACCACUGACCAUGCCAGACGAGUGAUAUAUUAAUGUGGUUGACUCAGAAUGCCAAAAGAACCACUGGGCCAUCACUGGUCUUCAAAAGUGUUCAUAGA